UUCAAAAUGCCCGGCAAAGUUGCAAGCAAGAAAGGCGAGAAAAAAAAGCUUGCCACCAAAUCUAAGGUUUCUACAGAUAAGAAAAAGAGAAGAAAGAACCGAAAGGAGAGCUAUUCCAUCUACAUCUACAAAGUUCUGAAGCAGGUACAUCCCGAGACCGGUAUCUCUAGUAAAGCUAUGAGCAUCAUGAACUCCUUUGUAAACGACAUCUUUGAGAGGAUUGCUACUGAGGCUUCUCGUCUUGCCCAGUACAACAAGAAAUCUACCAUUACUAGUCGGGAAAUUCAGACUGCUGUUCGUCUCUGGCUUCCUGGUGAGCUCUCCAAACAUGCUGUCUCUGAGGGUACUAAGGCUGUCACCAAAUACACCAGCAGCAAGUAA